AUGAGUCGAUUCUUCCGCCGCAGCAAGGAGCCGAGACGCAGCUCAGACGAUGACUUUGAUAAAAUGCAAUACUGGACUCCCCAAGGUGUCUUGCCCACCAAAACUGUGGAACAGCAAGCUCGAGAAGUCGUAGAUUAUUCGGCAAACACCAACAAAGCCUUCUACCCACAUAUAUACAGAAACGAGGAGGGUAUCGAUGAAAUAAGACAGAACUUUCAACCAUAUGAGCUCGGGUAUGAGCCCGACAGAAAAGAGCUGUACGAAGUCCCUGUGAACAGUCGAAUAGACUUGUCAAAGAGACCUGCAAAGGCUACCAGCAUCGACCGCCAAGAAAAGUGCCAUCAUAACGACAGAGGUCGCGUGGUUUGCAACCCACUCAAUGAUCCUGGCACUUACCGGGGUGCUGUUGUAGCGGAUUGUGAUACUGGCCGUAACUAUGGCGUCGCGGGUCUGCUCUAUCAUCCGGAAGGGUCUACACGUCGCCUUGACCGCGCACCUAUCGAGCCUUUAGAUCGCGAAGGCCGGCAGUAUCUGCGUCGUUUUGCGGACGAUUCCGUUGAUCCUAGUCGGGUUACUACUUGGCCUCCUCGGGAUGAAGAUGCUCAGGAUCUUGAGACUUAUGAAGAUCGGUACAAGAAGGUUAGGAGACCGAGACCUACUCAGCAGCCUAAGAAGAGAUCUCAGGAAUAG